GUGCGGCCCGAGGCGGAAGCGGCGCCGGCGCGGAACCCGCUCUGCAGCGGCGAUGGCUGCGGGUGUCCCCUGCGCGCUGGUCACCAGCUGCUCCGCCACCUUCACCGGGGAUCGGCUGGUGCAAUAUAUCCUUGGAACAGAAGAGCCUGUUGUGGAAACAACUCCCAGCGAUGCCGUGAGGUUUUACCCCUGGACCAUCGAUAACAAGUACUACUCUGCAGAGGUGAAUCUGUGCGUGGUGCCAAGCAGGUUCCUGGUCACCGCCGAGAUCGCGGAGUCAGUCCAGGCGUUCGUGCUUUACUUUGACAGCACACAGAAAUCGGGUCUUGACAGUGUCUCUUCAUGGCUGCCUCUGGCAGAAGCAUGGUUGCCUGAGGUGAUGAUCCUGGUCUGUGAUCGAGUGUGCGAAGAAGGAGUAAACCGACAAAAAGCUCAAGAGUGGUGCAUCAAACAUGGCUUUGAGCUGGUGGAGCUCAACCCAGAGGAGCUGCCUGAUGAAGAUGAUGACUUCCCUGAAUCUGUAGGCGUAAAACGGAUUGUACAAGCGUUGAAUGCCAAUGUCUGGUCCAAUGUCAUGAUGAAGAGUGACAGGAGCCAGGGCCUCAGCCUUCUCAACUCACUGGCUGGAGCAAACUGCAGCAUUGGAUCAGCAGAGAGCUGUCACUCCGAGCAGCAGGUGCCGAUGCCAGCAGCUGAGAUGACAGAGUCCCUCCCUAGCCAUCGCAGUGGUGCCUGUGGCUCAGCAGGCGCACAGGUUGACAGCAUUGUGGAUCCCAUGUUAGACCUGGAUAUUCAGGAAUUAGCGAGUCUUACCACCGGAGGAGGAGAUCUGGAGAACUUCGAGAGACUCUUUACAAAGUUAAAGGAAAUGAAAGACAAGGCUGCGACGCUUCCUCAUGAGCAAAGAAAGUUGCACGCAGAAAAGGUGGCCAAAGCCUUCUGGAUGGCCAUCGGAGGAGACCGGGAUGAGAUCGAAGGCCUUUCUUCUGACGAGGAGCACUGAAUUCUCCUGCUAGGUCUGACUGACACCGGUGCCAGCACUGUGUGCCCAAAGCGCUUUCUUUCUCAGUCGGGUUCUGUUUUGCCGAGAUUGCCCUUAUCAUGCUGGCUGGCCGUCUGACUGGAUUUUGGGGUCCCUUUAACUGAUCUUUUAGAAAGGAGCUAAGGAGAAAUCUUUGCUCCCGCGGCAUAGGUGGACAAGGUGUGAAAUAACAGUAUCAAGACAACUUCAGAUCUCCAUUCUUCGCUAAAGGACCAGGGUAGAGCGGGGCCCAGCAAUCUAUAGUAUAAGAGGGCCGAGUACGUAAGAGCACACUGUGAUCCCAGCUCCUGGAGGCUGAGGCCAGCCCUGGGC